AUGGGGCAGUGGGUUAGACUGAGUUGGCCGGUUCUGGUGGUCCUGCUCUUUGGGCCGGUGUUUGCUGUCUCCAGUCAGCAGGUCCUGGUCAGGAACCGGCGUCAGUGGGAUUGGUGGACGCCCAGACCUCAGCUGCUUCAGCCUUGGUCUGGUUGGGGGUCUGUUCAACUGUAUGGGGGGGUGGUUGGUCAGUCCAGGCAGCUGCAGGCCUCUGGAGAGCAUCCUAUCAGCGUGCGGUGUAUGGAGGACAGGAUGGAGGUGUCUGUGAACAGGGAUCUGUAUAGAAAUGGGAGGCUGGUGAAAGCCUCUGAUCUGAGCCUCGGACCCAGACUGUGUAAACCCAGCUCCGGGAGCACAGGGACUACGGUGAUCUUCCAGUAUGGGCUGCAGGAGUGCGGCAACACCUUACAGAUGACCCCUGAAUUUCUGGUCUACAGCACAAACCUGACCUACAGCCCAACUCCAUCUGGGAACUCUCCCAUCAUCAGGACUAACUCUGCUGUGGUGCCAAUCCAGUGCUACUACCCCAGACACGGGAACGUCAGCAGUAACGCCAUCAAGCCAACAUGGAUGCCCUUCAGCUCCACUGUAUCUGCAGAGGAACGUCUGUCCUUCUCCUUGCAGCUGAUGAAUGACAACUGGUCGGCCCCAAGAGCCUCUACAGUCUUCAAGCUGGGUGAAGUAUUCCACAUUCAGGCUUCUGUCGCUGUUGGAAACCACGUGCCUAUGAGGAUCUUCGUGGACAGCUGUGUGGCCACGUUAUCCCCUGACGGCUCCUCCGGUCCCCGUUAUGACAUCAUUGGUUACUAUGGGUGUUUGUUGGAUGGCAGAGAGGAGGAUUCAUCCUCUGCCUUCAGAUCCCCGAGACCCCGUCCAGACACGCUGCAGUUCAUGGUGGAUGCUUUCAGGUUUACUGGGACUGAUGCCUCUGUGAUCUACAUCACCUGUAACCUGAGAGCUGCUGCAGUAAACCAGGUCCCAGACCCAUUAAACAAGGCCUGUUCCUACAUCAAAUCCACCAACAGCUGGUCGGCUCUUGAAGGCUCCAAUGAUAUCUGCAGAUGCUGUGAGACCCGUACCUGCACCGCUCCAGCUCAAGCUCCAGCUCCGUUCAGAGGCGGGAGAUCUUUGGAAAGGGAUGCUGUCCACACAGAACCUCGCACAGAGCUAGACCAUGACCUGGCCACCCUGGGGCCCCUGCUGGUGAUUGGAGGAGAGCGUGGCCAGGUUCUGGCUGUGACUCGGGAGGCUGCGCAGGUGGAGCUGUGGGUGUUGGUGGCUGUCGGGUCCCUGAGUCUCGUCGCUCUUUCUCUCUUUGCUGUGGUUGUUGUAAAAUAUGUAAUGAGGCGCCGAGCAGCAGAACAGAAAUAAACAUUGAAAGCACUUUGUAUUUGAA